AUGGCGGCGGGGCCGUCGGUGGUGGAGGCGCUGGGGCGGUUGUGGCAGGUGGAGGCCCUGCUGGGCAGCGGCUCGUCGGCCGCGGUCUUCCAAGCGCGCUGCCUCGGCGACCCCCGGGCUCCACCGGCCGCCGUCAAGGAGUUUCUGCUGCCGGGAUCCAAGCUGCAGACUCCGGGUAGUCCCGGCGCAGGAGGCGGCGGCGAUUACGGCUUCCGCAAGGAGCGCGCUGCGCUGGAGGAGCUGCGGGGCCACCGCAAUAUCGUAACGCUGUAUGGUGUGUUCAACAAUUGUUCUGCCAAAGGCCCAUCAUACUGCCUUUUAUUAGAAUUGCUGGAUGUUAGUGUGUCAGAGCUGCUUGUGCAUUCCAGUCAGCACGGCUGUUCCAUGUGGAAAACCCAGCACUGUGCCCGGGACAUCCUGGAAGCCCUGGCAUUUCUCCACCACAAAGGUUAUGUGCAUGCAGACCUGAAACCGCGCAACAUCCUGUGGAGUGCAGAAGAGGAAUGCUUUAAACUUAUUGACUUUGGACUCAGCUUCAAGGAAGGGCAUCAGGAUGUGAAAUACAUUCAAACUGACGGUUAUCGGGCACCUGAGGCUGAGCUGCAGAAUUACCUAUCCAGGGCUGGAAUACAAAGUGGAACUGAAUGUACUUCUGCUGUAGAUCUUUGGAGUCUUGGGAUAGUAUUACUGGAGAUGUUCUCAGGAAUGAAAUUGAAACAUAUUGUCCAAUCUCAGGAAUGGAGGGUGAAUAAUUCUGCUAUUAUUGAUCACAUUUUUGCUAACAAAAGUGUGGUAAAUUCUGCAAUCCCAGCCUAUCACCUCAGAGACCUCCUCAAAAGCAUGCUUCAUUAUGACCAAGAGAAAAGAGCUACGGCUUCAAAGGCCUUAUGUAGUCCAUUCUUCAGCAUUCCUUUUGCUCCCCAUAUUGAGGAUCUGGUGAUGCUUCCAACUCCAGUGCUAAGAUUGCUUAAUAUUUUGAGUGAUACUUCUCUUCAAAGUGAAGAAGAAUUUGAAGAUAUGGUGGGUGACAUAAGAGAAGAAUGUUGCAAAUAUGGACAGAUUGUUUCUCUCUUUGUUCCAAAGGAAAAUCCAGGCAAAGGUCAUGUCUUUGUUGAGUAUGCAAAUGCUGGUGAUUCCAAAGCUGCCCAGCGAGCAUUGACUGGGAAGAGAUUCGAUGGCAAGUUUGUUGUGGCUACAUUUUAUCCACUGAGUGCCUAUAAGCGGGGAUAUCUUUACCAAACUGUGCUUUAGUUUGCAGCAUCAGUCAGGAAAGAUGCAUGGACCCAAAGCUGCCUGGCUUUGCUUGAGUGUUUUCCAGAGAUGGAAUCCAUCUGUGUCCUCUUUCCCAUUUUGUGAUUUGUAGGAAAGGCCCAGAUGUUUUUAUUUUGCUGCAUAUGAAAUCUGCCUCCCUUUCUCCUUUGGUUU